AUGAACAGUUAUCGCGCCCUUGAAAGCAUGAGGAACUUAUCCUUCGUGCCACAUUCCCUGGAGUGUCGUUUUAAGUUGGUUCACCAGCGAGGUUCGACGGAUCCCACUGCUUUCCUGCUGGAGACCUGUUGUAUGGAUCUGAUGGUUUCUAGAAAGGAGGACCACGGCGUUGUUAGUUUCCAAAUAGAGGAGCCGGUCGAUGGCGGUGUUGGAGACUGUGAACGGGCGGCUGAGGAGAGCUUUGAAAUGUUUACAUCAGCGCUUCAGAAUCUGCUAUUUCUCGACGAGGAGUGUUUUUACUCCGUAACUGAGUAG